AUGGACGAAGGAGAUGAAAACUUGCAUUGUUUGGCAGGCACGUCUGGUGAUGCUCCUGGAGGUUUAAUCAUCAAAAAGAAGGAUAAACCUCAGGAAUUUCAAUUUGCUAAACCUUCUUUACUAGGCUUGGAUAAAUUAGCAGCGGCAAAAAGAAAACAAAGUAGAUUAAUUUCGUUCCAAGAUGAAGAAAACGAAGCCGAAAACGCUGAAGACAACAAUGACGCUACAGGUGUUAAAGGAAGAAAGUAUAGAAAGCAUAAUGAAGAAACACCAACAUAUACAGGCGGACUGUCUGAACAAGCACGAGAAAGGAUGCUAGAAAGAUUACAAAAAAAAGAAAAAGAAUCAAAAGAGAAAGGGGUUCAUUAUUCCACAAAAGAAGAAAAAAAGUCUAGAUCAAAAUAUGAAGAGGAUGACCGCUAUUACCAUAAUCGCUAUGAGAGACGUGAUCGUGAUAGGGACAGAAGAAAAGAUGAUGACUAUAGAGUAGAUAGAGAUAGAGGUAAAGACAGAAGAGAUUCGGAUAGAAGAGAUAGGGAUAGAGACAGAAGAGAUUCAGAAAGAGAUAGUUCAAGGAGAAGUUAUUAUGAACCCAGGUUUAAAGAUGAACCUAGAACCCCAAAUUUGAAGGUACUCAAGCCUACUGACAAAACAGCAUGGGAUGAGGACGAUGAUGAUCCAAAAGGUGCAGUUCGAAAAUCAAGUUGGGACUUCCCAACUCCACUGCCACGGGAUUCAAGUGCUGGUGAAAAAUCACAACGCAGUGAGAGGGGACGGCCAUUAAGGGAUAGUAAAGGAAGACCUUAUGAAUACACUCCUAGAGCGACGCCGCACAAAUGGGCAUCUUCUCGACGUGGAAUAGACAUAGACGACCCAGAUUGGGAGGAAGCUGAGAAGAAACUGGACCGAGCUUGGUACAAUAUGGGUGAAGGUGAGACGGACGAGUCGGACCCGUUCGCGGGCACGAGCGCCGAGUACAUCGCCCGGAAAGAGGAACAGAUAGAAAAGCGUCGCAACCGGAAGGUGUCCGCCCAGAGACAGCAAAUCGACCGCGACAACGAGCUGUGGGAACGGAACCGGAUGCUGACCAGCGGCGUGGUGCAUGCUGUGAAUCUGAACAGCGACAUGGACGAGGAAAGCGUGGACCGUGUCCAUCUCUUGGUGCACAAUAUAGUACCGCCUUUUUUGGAUGGUAGAAUUGUCUUCACCAAGCAACCGGAGCCCGUAAUACCGGUCAAAGAUCCAACAGCCGACAUGGCGAUAAACGCACGCAAAGGCUCUGCCUUAGUUAAAGCAUUCAGAGAACAAAAAGAAAGGAAGAAAGCACAGAAGAAACAUUGGAAACUAGAAGGAACUAAGCUAGGUAACAUUAUGGGUAUACAAAAGGAGAAAGAAGAAAUUGAAGACGAACCAACAAGACAGGCGUACAAAUACGCUGAGCAUUUGGAUAAAGAAGGUCAAGAACAAGAACCGGAAUCGAAGUCAGACUUCGUCAAAAAGAUGACGAUAUCCGAACAGAGACGCUACCUGCCCGUGUUCGCGGUGAGGGAAGAGCUCAUGCAGGUCAUUAGAGAGAAUAAUGUCAUUAUAAUUGUCGGCGAGACGGGCAGCGGCAAGACGACGCAGCUGACGCAGUACCUGCACGAGGAGGGCUUCACGCGCCUCGGCACCGUGGGCUGCACGCAGCCGCGCCGCGUCGCCGCCAUGUCCGUCGCCAAGCGCGUCUCCGACGAGAUGGGCUGCAAGCUGGGCGAAGAAGUCGGCUACGCGAUCCGUUUCGAAGACUGCACGUCACCCAACACAGUGAUCAAGUACAUGACAGACGGUAUCCUGCUCCGUGAAGGUCUAAGAGAACCAGACCUUGACAACUACUGCGCAAUCAUCAUGGACGAAGCUCACGAGCGUUCCCUGUCCACGGAUAUGCUGUUUGGACUUCUCAGAGAGGACAUUGAUGAACUAGACAUGGAAAAGCAGGUCAUGUAA